AUGUCGUCCGAAUCUUCCAUCAGCGUAGCGGUAGGUCGUACUAGAUCACUCCCACCCUCAUCCUUGUCCUGUACUGACUCCAGCAUCGCUCAACGCUCGCUCCAGGUGCGCGUGCGACCGUUCAGCACAAAGGAGCGCCUCCAGCUCGCCUCCAACGAACCCGUCGCCCCCGUCAUCUUCUCCUCCGACCCUUCGCCGAGCACAAGCACCCACACAACUCAUUCAACGCCCCAACCUACUCGCCUCCAGACCGGUCCAGGAGGGAUGCGCAAGGUCGUCAAAGUGCUCGACGAACGAAUCCUCGUGUUUGAUCCCCCCGAUCCCACCUCGGCCGCUGCCGUCGCCGCGGCUCGAUGGGCCGGUCAGAUGCCGCAGAUGGGCAAGAAAUCCAAGGACAUCAGGUUCUGCUUCGAUCGCGUGUUCGAUGAGGGGUGCUGUCAGGAGGACGUUUACGAGGGCAGCGCAAAGGAGUUGGUCGGGCACGUGAUGAACGGGUUCAAUUCGACCGUUUUCGCUUAUGGGGUACGUUCCAUCGCUUCGGUGUCUUGAACUGGCGGUCGACCUUUGAAGGAUGCUGAUCGAACCUUUGCAUUGCUCAGGCCACGGGAUGCGGGAAAACUCACACCAUCUCCGGGACAGCAGAUCAGCCAGGUGUCGUCUUCCUCAUCAUGAAGGAUUUGUUCGGGCGCAUGCAAGCCCGAGCCGACGACACCGACUUCGCGCUCAAGGUCUCGUACCUCGAAAUCUACAACGAGACGAUCCGCGACUUGCUCCAGCCGGAAUUGGGCACGUUGCAGCUCCGUGAAAGCGGUGGGAUGGCCAAUGUCGCCAGGCUCAGCAGCAAAGAACCGAGUUGUGCCGCCGAUGUGGUCGGUUGGAUCACCGAAGGCAACAUGAACCGAACCGUCAACGCAACCGAAGCGAACGCGACCUCCUCUCGCUCCCACGCUGUGCUUCAAGUCACGGUCACGCAAAAGCCCAAAGCCGAAGGCUUGACGGAUUCGCAGUCGUCUGCGAUCUUGUCCAUCAUCGACCUGGCCGGUUCGGAACGAGCGAGCGUGACCAAGAACAAGGGAGAACGAUUGAUCGAAGGCGCCAACAUCAAUCGAUCCUUGUUGGCGUUGGGCAACUGCAUCAACGCGCUGUGCGAUCCUCGAAGCCGCGGUCACGUCCCCUACCGAGAUUCGAAGCUCACGCGGCUGCUCAAACCAUCUCUGGGGGUAAUUGCAAGACCGUCAUGAUUGUCUGCGUUUCUCCCGCAAGCGUGCACUACGACGAGACCCACAACACGCUGCAGUACGCGAAUCGUGCCAAGGACAUCAAGACCAAGGCGAUUCGCAACUUCAUCUCGGUCGAUCGUCACGUCGCGUCGUACUGCAAGCAGAUCGCCGAACAAGCCGAACGGAUCAAGGCGCUCGAAGCAGCGUUCGAAGCGGAGAAGAACCGGACCAGCGCCGCUAACGUCGAUGAUGACGUGCGAGAAGUCGCUGCGAUCUUGAGACCGCUCUCGGCGACAUGGGAGACGUUCCGAGCUCGUCGGGCAGAUGCGGCACAGGCUGCUUCGCAGAGACUCAUUGUCGAUUCGAUGCUCAAUGUCUUGCAGAGUUGGCGAGUGACCGCUUUUGGUCAAUACGAUACGGCACCAAGCCCUUCUGGAUCUUCGACGCUCGCAGCUGCUUCCGUCGUCACCGUCGUCCGGAACAACUGUGACGGUCUAAUCGGCACCCUCAGCUCUCAAUCGGCGAUGCUGCGCGAACGGGCCAGUCGAGCCUCGGACCCGAACGAGAUGUUUCCUCCCAUGCUGGCGCGUGUCACCUCGAGUUUGAGAUCGAAGCGGCCUUCCGCGGUCCCUCUUUUCGAACUCGAAGCUCGAAUGCUCGAUCAACGACUGGCGACCUCUCUCGCCGAAGCGAGCGAACAAGGGCAGAUCGAAGGAUCCAAGUUGCAGGUCCGAGUGAUGCACGCCAUGUGCGAAGCGCGAGCCAAGAUUGGCUCCGCUGCGGAAACAGCGAGGGAGGAUGGGGCCGAAUCCGUGAGGGCUUUACUUCGCCUGGCGGAUGGGAUCGAUAAUGCGAAUCGGGAUGCGUUCCUCAGUCUCUCGAUGGGCUCGUCGCUUUCGGCUGGGGCGGGUACGAAGCGGGAUGCGGGGUCAAGAUCGCCGUUGCAGAUGGAUGACAUGUGGUCCGCCAAGAGUCCUCGAUCGGCAUUAUCUGGCCUGGGCUCGACUUCGGCGGGUAUCUUUGGCUCUCUGUCACCUGCUAAGGGGGGGUCGAGCAACUACCGUCGGACGAGUCCCAAAAAACCCGUGGCGUUCCCUCUUCGCGCUGGUCGGGCGUCGGCAUCGCCCAAGAAGCAACGGAAAGAGGUCCAAUGGCGCGAUGAGACGGGAGAUGGCGACUUGGCUUCCUUCAAAGAUCGAUCUCCGUCAACGAUGGAUGAGGACUCCAUGAGUGAUAUCCCCUCACUCAGAUUCACGGCCUGGGCUUCGUCCUCGAGCGUUGACGACAGUGGAGCUUCGAACGAAGCAGAGAUGAUGGCUCAAAAAGCUCGAUCCUCGACGGGUCCGAGUCGAAAGGGAGCCUCGGGGGCUCGUCUCAUACCUCUGCCUCGUGCCUCGAACGUUGAUAGCAAUUUCUUCCUUCGAGAGGAAGACUCGUUGGACGCGAUCUCGAUGCCCCCACCUUCUUCAACAUCCUACUUGUCCUCAUCCUCAGCUUCUAUCCCUCGGAACCCAUUCUCCGAUCUUGGUAACACCUCCAUGGCCUCGACGACUUCGGGUCUAGCGGCCCCAAUCGUCCCCAUCAAAUCGGCCAUGUCCAAAGUCUCCCCUUCUCUGACCAUGACACCCGACGAUAGUCCAGCCGGACGAGCCGCUCGACGAGCCUCCAGCGUAGGACCGCAACGAUCGGCCAAAGCAAGUCGUCGAACAUCGGCGAUUGGUCUGCCCGUUCCACCACCUCUUCCUUCGACAUCAGCUUCCUCAGCAGCUUCUUCCUCCGUGCCAGGGGCACCCUUCUCCUUCGCCACUUCAACACGCCGAGCAGCUCGAGUUUCCUCCGUCCCUCUAGUACCUAUGAGUGCCCGUCGGUCACCCCGCAAAAUGCUUUCCAUGGGCGGGUCAUCCGCCGUCAAUCGUCGACUGUCCCAUGUUCCCUCCGCUCCUCCGUUGUUGGGUUCGUCCGCUCCGAGCUUCACUUUCGGAGCCAAGAGUCAAGCGAGGAUCGCGGCGAGAAGGGAAUCGAGUAUGGCUACGAUGGGCGGGACGAUGACUACGUCCUCUUCCAAAUCGGGUGGUAGUCCUUCACCACCCAAUGCGUUGAUCCCGGGAGGGAGGAAAGGUUCACCACCGGGGAGUGCACCCAAAUCCACUACGGUGUCGACCACUCAGUGGCGGUGA